GCAAUUCUUGAACACAAGCGUAAGCAGCAGGGAAAAAAAAAAAGGCAAAAUGGUGCCUUCAAGUUUUUGUAUUUUUUCAACUCUUGUAGUUCUGCUGCUAUCUUCUUCAGUGACAGUUUCACUUCCAAUUAAAGAUGAUUUUGUCCAAUGCUUCUUACAAAAUUCAGAAAUUUCCGUUCCUACCUCAAGUUUUUACACCCCAGACAAUAGUUCUUCAUUCAGUGCUGUUUUACAAUCUACUGCUCAAAACCUGAGGUACUUGUUGCCUUCAGUGCCAAAACCUGUGUUUAUCUUCACACCUUUGUAUGAAGCCCAUGUCCAAGCAUCUGUUAUCUGCUGUAGACAACUUGGACUUCACCUUAGAGUCCGUAGUGGAGGCCAUGACUAUGAGGGUCUCUCUUAUGCUUCGGAAAUUGAGUCACCUUUCAUUGUUGUAGACCUUGCCAAGCUUCGAGCUAUCCAAGUUAAUAUUGAAGAUAACAGUGCUUGGGUUCAGGCAGGUGCUACAAUCGGUGAGCUGUACUAUAGAAUUGCUGAAAAAAGCAAAACUCAUGGCUUCCCAGCUGGCCUUUGCAGCAGUUUGGGCAUUGGUGGGCACAUUACAGGAGGUGCUUAUGGUUCCAUGAUGAGAAAGUAUGGCCUUGGCGCUGACAAUGUCAUUGAUGCUCGUGUAAUUGAUGCUAGUGGCAGGGUUCUUGAAAGACAAUCCAUGGGAGAGGAUUUUUUUUGGGCAAUUAGAGGAGGUGGAGGAGCCAGCUUUGGUAUCAUCACUGCAUGGAAAGUAAAACUGGUUCCAGUUCCAUCAACUGUGACUGUUUUUACGGUCACUAAGACCCUGGAACAGGGUGGCACUAAGCUUCUCUACAGAUGGCAGCAAGUUGCUGAUAAACUUGAUGAGGAUCUCUUCAUCAGGGUCAUCAUACAAACAGCUAAUGGUGCGAAAAAGGGUCAAAGAACUGUUACAACUUCUUAUAAUGCCUUGUUUCUUGGUGAUGCCAGCAGACUACUCAAUGUCAUGAAGACUGGCUUCCCUGAAUUGGGCUUGACACGAAAGGAUUGCGUCGAAACUACCUGGCUGAAAUCUGUGUUAUACAUCGCAGGCUACCCAGCCAAUACACCUCCUGAAGUUCUGCUUCAAGGAAAGUCAACAUUCAAGAACUACUUCAAAGCCAAGUCAGAUUUUGUCCAACAUCCCAUACCUGAAGCCGCACUGGAGGGGAUAUGGAAAAGGUAUUUUCAAGAAGUGACUCCUUUCAUGAUAUGGAAUCCUUAUGGUGGAAUGAUGAGCAAGAUUUCAGAGUCAUCAAUUCCUUUCCCCCAUAGAAAAGGUGUCCUCUUCAAGAUUCAGUACUUGACCAGCUGGCAAACUCCUGCAGAGGAUGCUUCAAAGCAUAUAAAUUGGAUCAGGAAGCUUUACAAGUACAUGGCACCUUAUGUUUCCAUGUUUCCAAGGCAAGCAUACGUCAAUUACAGGGACCUUGAUCUGGGGAUGAACAAGAAGAGGAACACAAGCUUUAAAGAAGCAAGUGUCUGGGGUACCAAGUACUUCAAGAACAACUUCAACAGGUUGGUACAAGUCAAGACCACAGUUGAUCCCGACAACUUCUUCAGGCAUGAGCAGAGCAUCCCACCUCUUCCACUCUCCUCGAGAAAAGGGAAAGGAAAGGGACACCAUGGGAUUCAUUAGCUAGAGAUAUGUAAUUGGUUUGAGCAUCAUAUAUCCAUGUCUUUAUUGGGAUCAAUAUUGUACUGAAUUUGAUUUUAUUAAGAAAUAUGAUAAUGUUUUCUAGUUAUAAAGAUAAGUUAUGCAAUAAAAUAGCUCGUGUUUUCUAAA